AUCGUUUUAAUUUUAUUUUCCUAUUUCUCAAGCUUUAAUUUGAAGUUUAGAAGCUCGAUUUCGCUCGGAUUCCCGCUCUGAACAUGGAUGGAUCUAGUCGAGGUGGCAGUGGUGUGGAUAUGUUUUUACCAAAUUAUAAGCUUGGUAAAACUCUAGGAAUUGGAUCCUUUGGUAAGGUGAAAAUUGCGGAGCAUGCAUUGACUGGCCAUAAAGUUGCUAUCAAGAUACUUAAUCGUCGCAAGAUCAAAAAUAUGGAAAUGGAAGAGAAAGUGAGAAGAGAAAUUAAAAUUUUGAGGUUGUUUAUGCAUCCUCACAUCAUUCGACUUUAUGAAGUCAUAGAGACCCCAAGUGAUAUUUACGUCGUGAUGGAGUAUGUGAAGUCGGGAGAGUUAUUUGAUUAUAUUGUUGAGAAGGGCAGGCUACAGGAGGAUGAAGCCCGAGUUUUUUUUCAGCAGAUAAUUUCUGGUGUGGAGUACUGCCACCGAAACAUGGUGGUUCAUAGAGAUCUUAAGCCCGAAAAUUUGCUUUUAGAUUCCAAGUGGAAUGUAAAAAUUGCUGAUUUUGGCUUGAGCAAUAUAAUGCGAGAUGGUCAUUUUCUGAAGACAAGUUGCGGAAGCCCAAAUUAUGCUGCCCCUGAGGUUAUUUCUGGAAAACUGUAUGCUGGGCCUGAAGUAGAUGUGUGGAGCUGCGGUGUUAUAUUGUACGCUCUUCUCUGUGGGACCCUUCCUUUUGAUGAUGAAAACAUUCCCAAUCUUUUUAAGAAAAUAAAGGGCGGGAUAUACACACUUCCUAGUCAUUUGUCUCCGGGUGCAAGAGAUUUGAUCCCAAGGAUGCUUAUAGUUGAUCCAAUGAAGCGAAUUUCCAUUCCAGAUAUUCGUCAACAUCCAUGGUUUCAAGCCCAUCUUCCACGUUAUUUAGCUGUUCCCCCACCUGACACAAUGCAACAAGCCAAAAAGCAGAUUGAUGAGGAGAUUCUUAAGGAAGUGGUUAAGAUGGGAUUUGAUCAAACUCAAGUGGUUGAGUCUCUUCGCAACAGAAUACAAAAUGAGGCUACUGUUGCAUACUAUCUGUUGCUGGACAACCGUUUCCGUGUUUCCAGUGGUUAUCUUGGGGCUGAGUUUCAAGAAACUAUGGAAUCUGGUUUCAACCGUAUGCAUCCUGGUGAAGUUGCUUCACCUGUUGGGAAUCGCCUUCCAGCGUUCAUGGAUUAUCAAGGAAUGGGAUUAAGAGCACAGAUGCCAUUUGAAAGAAAAUGGUCUCUUGGACUGCAGGUGUCCCGUGCCCAUCCACGUGAAAUAAUGACAGAAGUUCUCAAAGCUUUGCAAGAACUGAAUGUAUGCUGGAAGAAGAUCGGGCACUACAACAUGAAGUGCAGGUGGAUUCCUGGCGUCCCUGGUCAUCAUGAAGGCAUGAUUAAUAAUCAUGUACACAAUAAUCACUACUUUGGGGAGGAAUCUACCAUUAUUGAGAAUGACGUUAUCAAGUCACCAAAUGUAAUCAAGUUUGAAGUGCAGCUUUACAAAACUCGCGAGGAGAAAUACCUGCUUGAUCUUCAGAGGGUUCAAGGUCCGCAGUUGCUCUUCCUGGAUCUUUGCGCGGCCUUUCUUGCACAACUUCGGGUCCUUUAAAUCAAGAAGUCUCGUGCCCAUCCACGUGAAAUAAUGACGGAAGUUCUCAAAGCUUUGCAAGAACUGAAUGUAUGCUGGAAGAAGAUCGGGCACUACAACAUGAAGUGCAGGUGAAUUCCUGGCGUCUCUGGUCAUCAUGAAGGCAUGAUUAAUAAUCAUGUACACAAUAAUCACUACUUCGGGGAGGAAUCCACCAUUAUUGAGAACGAUGUUAUCAAGUCACCAAAUGUAAUCAAGUUCGAAGUGCAGGUAACUCAAAUAUGCUCAAUUUUAUUAUUCAAUAUAAUGGUGAUGUACAAGUUUUUUUAUACUGAGAUAGGAAUGUCAACAUCGAUCACUCUCCCAAGCAAGUGAAAAACCUAGUUUAAGUGUCAACCAUUUUGCUAUCUGAAGACAAAUAAAUCUGAUAUGUAAAAAUGUCUCUAAAUGUUUUCUGCAAAUAAUGCCUUUCCUACCAAUGGGCUCGACAACUUUACAAAACUCGCGAGGAGAAAUACCUGCUUGAUCUUCAGAGGAUUCAACGUCCGCAGUUGCUCUUCCUGGAUCUUUGCGCGGCCUUUCUUGCACAAGUUCGGGUCCUUUAAAUCCAGACGGUUAGGGUAUUGACGAAGGAAUUAUCCGUGAAUCUAUUGAUGCAUGUGAAUAAGAAACAUAAGAUGUACAUAACUAGUUUUCGGUUGGGAUCUUUGUUAACCUUCCCCCGCAGUUUUUUACAGGUGAUUGUUGUUUGAAGCUAGCCAUUAACAGUGAAAUUGGGCUCUGCUUUGGCUUAGUCACUGACUCGCUAGUAUUGCUAGUCAUUAGCAGGUAUUAAUGCAGUCGAAUCUCGGUCUUAUGUUAUGAACCCUAACGGGUAACUUAAGUGAAUUCGAUGAAAGAAUUAUGUUUAUUUCAUCAUCAAUCGUCUCGCAUAUUAU